CUUUGAGCAUGCAUUGUCCUCUGUGAGAGGUUUAAACGGGGCAGGGUAAGAAAAAAAAAAGACUCAGCAGGCUGUGCUUUUAAAAGACCCGAGGAGACUAUAAAACUGGUUUCAUGCCCGCUGUUGUUAAAGCUCGGCUCGAUAUGCGCGCAGAGAGACGGAGGUAGGCAGAGCAAGACAGAGAAAGGAGGACAGCUACACUUUUAUCCACGCUCACAACUCACACACUAUUCAAGGUUUAUGUUCAAAUGUCGGAUCUCUGUCAUAGGAACACACAGGCGAGACGCAGGAGUGUAUGAGGCGGCAUUUUUCUUUAGCUCACUGAGGACUUUAGGCUUUUUUUUUCCUUUUUUCUUUUUAUACAAAGAAACGUGAGCCAGAGAUAAAUCGUGUUUGCUACUUUAGUGAAUAGGAUGCGCGUCUUCUCCCGCCGACCCGCUGCCGUUUGACAUAUUUCCCCCCGCGAGCUGGAUCCACCAACCGGUCUGUUUUCUUACCGGGGGAAGUUGGGCUCGGCAAAACUUUUCUGGCUGUACUUUUGAUGCCAGGGAAAUGGGACCGCGCCAACGGGAGAGCGUGUCCGCGCUUUGCAGGAAAAGUUUGCUCUGGACUGUGCUGAUACUCUGGCUGACCACGUUUGUUGACGGGACCUGGAAGACGGGGCUGUACAAAACCUACUCAGCUCAGACAGCAGCCUCUCACACCCACACCUCAGUCUAUCAGAAAAGGAACUGGUGUCCUCAUACGGUCACUAAGACAGUGACUUGCCAAGUGCAGAAUGGGACAGUUCUCCAGCGGGUCUACCAGACCUGCCGCUGGCCGCAGGGAUGUGCAGGAGGCAGCUACAAGACCGUGGUCAGACCUUCCUAUAAAGUGGUGUACCGCACAGUGACCUCUCUGGAGUGGAAAUGCUGUCCUGGGUUCAGUGGCGCUGCCUGUGAAGAAGAAUCAGGGAACCAGCUUGUGGCUCAGGAGGCAAUAAGGAAACCAUCUACGCUACGGCGGCCGCCUGCUCGCACAGGAGAGUCGAUCUCUAACUGUCUCAACUGUAGUCGAAUCACAGCUUUGAGCGACAGGCUGACCUCACUGGAGGCGAAGGUCCAAUUACUCACUGCCCCGGCCUCCAUAUCGCAUCGCCACCUUCAGGGUAAAGGAGCAACUGCACCAGACGCCUCAUUACUGAUGGGGGCUGUGCCCGCUCAGGGAGCUCCUGGUGAGCAGGGACCUACAGGUCCUCAGGGUGAAAAGGGGAGAGAUGGGCUUCCUGGCAGAGAUGGGAAGCCAGGGUCUCGGGGGCUGCCAGGUCCCAGUGGGCCUCGGGGAGAGGCCGGGACAAGGGGCCCAUCUGGAGCCCCUGGAUCGAAGGGAUCCUCAGGACCAGCAGGCCCCCGUGGUCCACCAGGACUCCCAGGAGAGAGGGGUCUACCAGGCCUGCCUGGGCCUCCAGGGCCUCCAGCACCAGCCAGUGCCCACAUCCCAGAACCAGACCACACUCGUGGAAAAGACCCCUUCUUCACCAACACUUUCCUCGACUCAGGGGGCGCGCCUGUUCCAGGACCUCAGGGCCCUCCCGGGCCUGUUGGUCCCCCAGGUCCGACAGGCCCAGUAGGACCGCCUGGCCCAGGAGGACAUAACGGGAAACCUGGAUCUCCUGGAACACACGGCCCUGUGGGGCCAAAGGGAGAACGUGGAGAGAGAGGUCCUUUAGGUUACCCAGGAGAGAGGGGAUUCAGGGGCGAGCCGGGAGCACCGGGUCCAAAGGGAGAGCCGGGGGAGAAGGGCUUGCCGGACGUUAGCUUGCAGAUGUUCCACGACUUGCAGGCAGACCUUGAGCUUCUGGCUCGCAGGGUGACACUGCUGGAGGCUAUCAUCUGGCCAGAGCCUGAUCUAGGGUCUGGGGAUGGACCGUUUGGCACAGCCUCCCCUAGUUUCUACAGAGAUAAGCGAGCAGGUGCGCUUCCAUAUCGACUUGCUUCUCCUCUGUCCUCCGACACCAAGGUUCGAGGGAAGUAGCUCCCCCUGCUCACCCUGAGGAUCACAGGCUGGGUUGACUCCCCCCUCCUAUAGGUCUCAUCGGCACUCAACAGAUUUAGACCUUAUCUGAUACCAUCUCUGGGCUUUACCGUCAGAUUUAGGAUGGGGGACACCUCAGGGAAACUCCACUGAUACUCCACAAUGUUCCUCCUCCAUCGGGAACCUGAGAACUAGUUUGACCCCCACCCAUUGCCAUAACCAAACACUUAUCUAUACAUAAUACACCCAGCAGCUCCUUCUGUGUCUCAUUUUCUUUGGCUACAGAACUGAAGCCUCAGAUCAUGCUUGAAAAGAAAAGGAAAAUAUCUGAAUCUUCUGUUGCGCUCCUUGAGCGACAAACAGUUCUGGACUGUAAGGGUCAUUUAGAGUAAUCAAUUGAAGGAGAAAUCAGAUGUGAGAAAAGACUGGAUUUGAGUUUGUAUUGCUUUCACAAUGUAACUGCAAUCUGAAGAGAUUCCAUUAUUUAAGUAUAUUGAGCAUGUACAGUCUGCAGGACACAAUUACACAAACAAACCUCUUCUUCUAGUAUUAAUUUUGUUAUACUUCUAUCAUAUUGUUUAACUCAAUGUUAUGUAGUGCACUAAAAAUUGAAGUCAUCUCUACUCUAAGUGAGAUAUGUGUUGCUAACAGUGAUUUGUAGUUUUCUGGUGUGAGUGUUUUCCCCCCCUUAAAGUACACACUGAUAAAGUGAUUUAAUAUACAAUAGUAUAUUUACAUUUAAUCUGUGCAACAACAAAAAAAACAAACAUUUGCAUCUGGGUUUGGCUGCACAUGAGUGGAAACAGUCAUUAAUCAUGUUGCACUCUGGAAACAAAAUGUGUUAGAAUGAAACCUGGCUUUCCAUUUCAAGAUCUUGAAGACACACACACACACACACACACACACACACACACACACACACACACACACACACACACACACACACACACACACACACA